GUUGCCGUUUAUGUUGUAAAUUUGCCCGCUGCCACGGAUCGCUGGUCACGUAUCUCCAGGCGGCUGGAGGAGCUCCGCAUCCAUGCCGAGCGCGUGCCCGGGAUAGAUCUUUCCGAGCCGGGUGCCAUUCAGGAAGCACAGGAGGCUGGCCUGGUCCCCCUCCAGUGGAACUUCUCUGCAGCCAAGGAGAGCAUGGUCAGGCUUUUGAAGAACAGCAGCAAAGCUGCAGCGCUGAG